GCAUAAUCGUUAUGAAUGGCGAGGCUCCGACUAUACUGGCUUGCCGAGAACUCCAAUCGUUGCAACCGAAGGAAAUACUUGUACUGCGCUCGCGCCUCGCAUUCGUACGCCGCUCCUUCCCGCGAAAACUCGCGCGCAACCAUGUCUCAUUUGAAAGUUUUGCGCGGCAAUUUCGUAAAUCUCCUAAACUCGCCUAAACUAACGCGUAAAACUAAAAUAGUUCGGAAUGUGUUGACUAACAGGUGCUUCGCUACGAAAGCUGCCCCGGUCGUCGAAGGCAAGUACCUGACUUCGACAUGGGGUGAAAUUGAAAUCGGGAAAGAAACUUUGACGGAUUACGUGUUUCGGGACGUCGAGUUAUGGUUGGACAAGCCUUGUGUGACAUGCGGCGCAUCCGGGCGUGGAUACGACUACAGUAUGAUGCAUCUCAUGAUCGAGCGCUGCGCCAACGGCCUCGCCGGCGCCCUGAAGAUGAAGCCGGGAGAAAAGAUCGGACUCAUCCUGCCGAACCUGCCCGAAUUUGUGGUCCUCAUCUACGGAGCUAUGAAGGCUGGACUUGUUGUUACGUUCGCCAAUCCACUAUAUACUGCCGAUGAGGUGACACGUCAAUUCAUGGAUUGCAACGUGAAAUGUAUUGCCACUAUCGAGAUGUUCAUGCCUGUGGCUACCGAAGUGGCCAAGCACCUCAAGGACUACAAAGGCACUAUUUGGGUCGGCAGCGAUGUGGAACACCAGGAUGGUGUGUAUGGCCUGAAGCCCCUCCUCAUGGCGGACCACGAGGCAGACCUGCCCGAAGUGAACGCGGACGAUGUCUGCCUCAUCCCCUACUCCAGCGGCACCACAGGCAUGCCCAAAGGAGUCAUGCUGACGCACAAGAACCUCGUGUGCAACCUGAAGCAGAUCCAGUGGCCUAAGAUGAUGAAGUAUGAGGGAGAAAAAGGCAAAGGCGAUGUGGUGCUAACGGUUCCGCCAUUUUUCCACAUCUACGGGUUCAACGGAGUGCUGAACUACAACCUGACUCUCGGCUACCACGUCGUCAGUAUACCUAGGUUUACCCCGGAAGACUACAUCAAAUGCCUGUCCGAGUACCAGCCCACAACCUUGUUCGUGGUUCCCUCGCUGCUCGCGUUCCUCGCCACGCACCCAUCCGUCAAGAAAGAACACCUACAGUUCGUCGAGACCAUCAUGGUCGGGGCUGCGCCCACUACGGACAGCAUGCUGGAAAAGUUCUUGCUCAAAUGCGAGAAGACGAAGGACGAGAUUCGUUUGUUACAAGGUUACGGCAUGACAGAAAGUGCCCCCGUGGCUCUAAUGACGCCGUACGUGUACCCUUACAACAAAGUGGGGUCGGUGGGGCAACUCAUCCCCAGCACACAGGGCAAGAUCGUCUCGCUUACCACCGGCGAGAUGCUGGGCCCCCACAAGUCUGGUGAACUGCUGAUUAGGGGACCGCAGGUAAUGAAAGGCUACUGGAACAACGAGGCGGCAACCAAGGAGACACUGGAUGCCGACGGCUGGCUACACACGGGCGACGUGGCUUACUACGACGACAACCAGUACUUCUACAUCGUCGACCGCACCAAGGAGCUGAUCAAGGUUAAGGGUAACCAGGUAUCUCCCACGGAGCUCGAAAGCGUAAUAAUGGAGCUGCCAGAAGUGGCCGACGUGGCGGUCGUAGGAGUCCCCCACGCCCUGGCCGGCGAGGUGCCCCGCGCCUUCGUCGUCCUCAAACCCAAGAUGACUCUCACAGAGAAGCAAGUCUACGACCUUGUAGCCACUAAACUCACUAGGUACAAGCAUCUCGAAGGAGGAGUCACUUUCCUAGACUCCAUCCCGAGGAAUGCCGCCGGUAAAAUCAUGAGGAACGAACUCAAAGUUAAAAGGUAUACCCCUAAGAAGUGAUUUGUAAAUAACUUUAUAGUAUUAUAGUGAAUUGUAUAGAAAUACGAGCUGUGAUUUUUUAGUAUAAUUACUAUGGUUUAUAGUAGAAGUAUUGUUUGUUAUUUUAUAGUUAAUUAUAACUGAAAGGUAUUAUAGGUUUUAUGUUAUUCUGUUAUGUCCCUGACAAUCUUCCAUGAAAUGUAUGAUGGUCGAGGGCAAAGUAUGAAUGUAAUAAAUUGUUAAAUAGGUGAAUAAAUAAAAUAAAUUUAUUACAA